UGGGUAUCUGCAAUGCCCCCGCGACCUUUCAGCGAGCCAUGAAUAUGGCUUUUCAGAAUUUCGUGCGGAAGACCCGUUUGGCGCAGAGCAUCAUCAACUACUGCGUGAUUGUGUACAUGGAUGACAUUCUGGUGUACUCGAGUUCCUACGAGGGACAUGUGCAACACAUCGAAUGGGCUCCGCAUGCGUUGCGAGAUGCGGGCUUCAAAGUGGCGCUUGAGAAAUGCCAAUUUUUCCUUACCACCAUUUCCUUCUUAGGACACGUGGUAACCGACAAGUGGCUCCAGCCGGAGCCGCAAAAGGUGGUAGCUGUCAGAGAUGCGCCGGUGCCUACGACUAUCGCGCAAGUUCGCGCCUUUUUGGGCCUGGCCUCAUACUACCGAAGAUUUAUCAAGGGCUUCGCGAUGAUUGCGGGACCCCUCAUGAAUCAGUUGCGCAAGGAUCAACCGUUGAUCUGGAUGCCGAAGUGUGAUCAAGCGUUUUCAAAACUCAAGGCCACUCUCAUUUCGGUUCCGGUCCUUAUAAGACCGGAUCCUGAAAAGCCUUUUCUUCUCAUCACUGUCUGGCAGCCAGAGGCAAUUUCGACGAUCCUUGCCCAGGUGGGACCAAGUGGACUGGAGAGCGUGGUGGAGUACGCAUCCAAAUUAGUUCCCGCCUUCAAGCGCAACUACGCUGCUCCAACUGGAGAAUGCUACGCGACUCUCUGGGGAAUCCGUCACUUUCGCGCUUACCUGUACGGGCGGAAGUUCACCUUGGUAACCGAUCAUGAACCCCUAUUGGCUCUGAAGAAAUCGAAGGAUUACUCUGGCAUGAUCGAGCGAUGGGCAACGGUGCUGCAGAGCAUGGACUUUGAUAUUCGUCAUCGGAAGCACGAGAGACACGGGAAUGCGAAUGGACUGACACGACUGCACCGGCCUGAGAAAGUUUCGAAGAGUGAGGAGGUGAUUCCGUGGAACGAGCCCGAACAAGAGAUCGGACCUCGGUACGGCCAAGUGGAAAUCCUGUCGAAGCAUUGCGGCAGGCGUGAUCACGCAGUCAAAUCGGGCGGCGACCGUCUUGUAAAGGGAUGGGCGACCAGGGAUGGAGGACGGUCGGUUGAGGACCUUGAGGUAUCAGAAACCAGGCUCGCCGGAGAGUCGGUCGCGGGAUUGGCGACCAGUCUGCACGGAGGGUCCGUCGAGGGAUCAGCAACGACCAGGCUCCACCGGCGAGCGGUGGAGAGAUCAGGAGCAACCAGGCUGGCUGGGCGGUCGGUCAAGGAAUGGCAGACCAGGCUCGGCGAGCUACCGGUCGUUGACGGAUCGAGUACGGGGCUCGGAGAGCUGCUACCGGUCGAGGGAUCGACGACACGACUCCGCGGGCUACCGGUCGAUGGACGGGCGACCGGACUUGGGCUUGGCGUGCUAACGGUCGAGAGGCCUGCUAUUUCCCUUACUGACAAUGACGUCCUCGUGCGGGCGACCGGUCGCGGGACCGGAUACUUCCCGUACCGGUCGCCCGCACGGUCGGGAGGUUCAGCUCUUGGGGUAGAUGGUCUCCAUUCUCCGAUCGAUGUCCCGACAACGUCGUCCUCCUGCGGGCGACCGGUCGCUGUACCGGAUACUUCCCCUACCGGUCGUCGGACUCCUUGUACUUCGGCCGACCGAAGGCAUCUGCAGUCGCCGCCCGCCUUACCUGCCGAGGCAGCAAUCGACAUCGCUCAGUGGAAUCUCCUAAGCCCGCCCAGGUCCAUUGUUUCCGACGCUGCUUCCCAGCCCCCCAUGCAGGAAGGAGACGGCACCAUAUCCUACCGUCUCUUCGUCACGGACAUAGCCCUCUCUCCCAACGGAUCCCAGCUGUACUACAUUCUCUCCGAGAGGCUUAUGUUAAGAAACGCUACCAAUGUGCGGGACUACAAGAAUCAAAUCUUGUCGUACAGGAAGGCGGACCUUCAACCAACACUCGCGGGAGUCCCGUCGAGACCGGUCAUGGGGGACGUCAUCAGCUAUUGGUGGCCGACAGUGAGUCAGAACGGGACACGUGUCACAUCGCUGCAGGCCUGCGAUCAGACUGCAUUCGCCUGUAACAUGACGAUUCCGGAGGCUAUGGUGGUGUCCCAAUCAGGCACGCAUCUCAUCCUGUCCCCGAGGAGGGUGAGUCCGCCGAACCUGGUCAGCCUGGGGGUGCAGGAGGGGGCGCGAAUCGCCACCCCGAUGUCGGCAGAGAGCUUCCAGACACUGGCGACGGAUCCGUCGAGAUCGACGGUCUACGCCGCGAGCGAGCAAAGCAUCCUGGCCAUCGCGGUGGAUCCGUCGGGGAUCCCGACCGGCGCACCGAACGUCGAGACAGUCGCGACCUACGAACCCCCACCUGUCGUCGGGGGUGUUGUGCCCAUUCAGGUCUCUCCGCAGAGCUUCGUCGCGUCAGAGAACGGCAGCUGCUUGUACAUCAUCGAGAACAACCAUCGCCAGCUCCUGGCCCUGCCCUUUAGCAAUGCAACCUCCUCCUCCUCCCCCUCCUCCUCCACUCCCAAUUUCGUCCAGGUCGUCGAGGGCUUGAAUCCGAACAAUACGGUCUUCAUGCAGACUUUGGUCACGACAUCGGACGGCUGCAAUGUUUUCAUCACGGAUGUUGAUCGGGACGGACUCCGUGGCUACCUGCGAUGGGUGAAGGUGAGGUCGCCGUGCAGAGCAGGGGGAAGCGUGGAGAUGGUGGCCAGCUAUGCAGGCCAGAGUAUGUGGGGACUGGCUCUGCUGGAGAGGGAGGAGGAGACACUACUCUACGUCGGGACCAGCGACGGGCAGGUGAUCGAGCUGCAAGUCAACAAGUCCUACUUGCACUCCUGUGUCCCGUUCCGGCCAAGGCCCCCCACACCUCCUCCAGCCUCUUCUCCAGCGCCGUCUCCUCUUGUUCCUCCCUCCUCGUCAUCAUCAUCACCUCCGGGUCUCAUAUCGCUUCCCCCUCUUUCGACGCCAAUCACAUCUGAACCUGCUGAUUCGACUUCCGGUCCCGACGAGUCUGCCGACUCCUCUUCCCCCCUCCAUCUCGUGCUGCGUAUCGUCCUCCCUUUGACAGCUGUCAGUGUCGUGGCCGCUGUCCUAGUUCUUUUCUGGUGCUACUGCAUUGCGCGCCAAGCCAAUAGAAAUGACGACCACCUCGUCCCCAGAUCCAAAGGAGGAGGAGAAGAAGCAGGAGGAGGAGAAGGAGGAGGAGGAGGAGGAGGAGGAGGGUUUUUAUUCUCCUCAUCCUUUCCCACUCCCUCGUCUUUGACACCAUCAUCGGGUUCUACCUCCACCGGGUCCGUCAGCUCGAAGAACCGUCGUCUUGAUCCCGCUAAUGUGCGGGAGUUCGAGCUCGCGACCUUGCAACAGCUCACAGACAACUUCAGCACCCAAUACCGUAUAGCUGAGAGGGGGGGAUUCGGAGAAGUGUACCGUUGUUCUCUGGAGAACAAAGAGCUGGCCAUCAAGGUGAUGACGGGGGAUCUAACGGCGGUGAAGCGGAAUCAGUUCAUUGCGGAGGUGAACACGCUCACCAGAGUGCACCACGCCAACCUCAUUCCUCUCGCGGGAUACUGCCAGGAGGGUAAUCGAUCGAUCCUGGUCUAUCCGUACUUCAACGGCGGGAGUUUGUGCGGUCGUAUACAUCGAAGCACCCGCAAAGACAAGAAGACGGAGAGGGACGGAGAGAGGGAGUCGAAGGGCAGGCCACCACCUACUCCACCACCUCCUCCUCCCUUGACUCUCGUCGAACGCUUGUGCAUUGCUUAUCAGAUUGCCAAAGGCAUUGCCUACCUCCACGAGGGAGCUAGUCCCCCCAUCAUCCACAGAGACAUCAAGAGUGCCAACGUGCUUCUUGGCGAUGGCGUCGGGGAGGAGAUCCACGUCGUCGUCGCCGACUUCGGCUUGGCCGCCAUUGGUGAGAAGGUCUUUGAGACAGGACACGAACACAUCGUGAACACCUCCCACGUGGGCGGGACCUUUGGCUACAUGUCUCCUGAGUACAUGCUGCUCGGUGAGCUAUCGGAGAAGAACGACGUGUACGCCUACGGCGUUCUCGUGUUGGAGAUGCUCUCCGCUCGCAAAGUCGUCACGCCGACCGACACCGGCGCUGGCUGGCAGACCAUCAUUGAGUGGAUCCGACCGUUCUUGACGGAGCGACCAGCUAGAAGUCGCAGUACUCGACGUGACAGACCAUUACUACAACAUGGUCCCGAUCCCGACCGUGAGGUGGAAGAGGUUGAUCGGAAUAACAUGCCGAAUGCGGUGCUGGACACGUGUCUGCAUGCUGAGGUGGAGCGCACACCCUUGAUGAGGAAGGCGGCGAUGGACACUCUCAAGCUGGCAAACGAGUGCACCCACGAGAAGGACGUGAUGAGGCCCGGGAUGAGCGAGGUGGUAGAGCGCCUAAGAAAAAUAAUGGCCGAGGCAAAGAUACGCAGUCGAGCUGGAUGAAGCCGAACCCACCAUUUGUUGUGAGUCUAGAGUAGCCCCAUCAGGAAUCUGAAAUGUAUCCGAGAGUUAGUGGAGCAAGACCCAUAGGGGCCUCGCUGCACUACUCUAGAUUCCAGCUUUUUCUUGAGUGCGGCAUGGGUGCACUUACUCAAGAAACGGGCGCUCGAAACAAACAUUCUAGAGCUGUCAAAAAGACUCUAGAAAAGUAGUAGAGUAGUCAUGAUAAGUUCACUCUAGAUUUUUCAUUUCUUGUUUUGCUCCAGAUUUUUCAUUUCUUGAGCUGUCAGAGGGGGUCGGUCCUUCUCACUCUAGAUUCAUCUAGAGCACCAGCCUGCAAAGGCGGCUUUUUCUAGGGAGGUCUGGAGGACACUUGAAACUCCUUGGUUUUCCUUGAGUGGACCUUGAGUCGGGACGGAGAACCCAGGCUGGUGCUGUCCUGUAGUGUGAGUGACAGAGCAACUCUAGCUUUUCUAGAGUCUAGGGGCCUCGCUGCACUACUCUAGACUCUCGAAAUAUUUGGAGAGUUCGACUAGCAUUGUCAGAGAGGCGAGACUCUUGAAAUACCCGCCUUUGCUGCACUUACUCUAGAACCUGUGACACUAGAUCAACUCUCGAAACCCUGGGUGUUGUCCGACUCGACAGAAGAGCUGCACCACUGCGCUUCGGGACAGAGUCUGGCUGCCGGAACAGGAGGUCCACUCUCGAAAAAACGAGCUUGUGGGCGGGCAACUCCCGAGGACACUUGCAAAUUCGGUUUUUGCAGGCAGGAGACUCUCUAUGUUUCGAGAGUGGCGUUGUAGCAUGGCAUCUGACAGCUCUCGAUCUGGUUUCGAGGGUUUCCCGAUCGAGAGUAAGUGCAGCGAAGACCCACUCUCAAAACUUCAAGAGUCUAGAGUAGUGCAGCGAGGCCCUAGAGCUAGGGCCUCGCUCCACUGCUCUCUAAAUGUGCAUCUACAUGCGCAAAAGACGAAAAUCAUGGUGGUGUAUCUUUCCAUAAUCUAGCCGAAGAUUCACUCUCGUCUUGCGCUUCUCGAGAGUAGUGCAGCGAGGCCCUAGAGCUAGUGCGGCCAUGCAUAGAUGUUAGGACUUUUCAUGACUCCGACAGCUCUAGAACGACUCAAGAAAUUUUUCACGAGUCUAGAGUAGUGUGCAGCAAGCCCCAUAGGGUCUCGCUCCACUACUCUAGAUGCCAGGUCUGGAAUUCCGGUUCUUGAGCUGUCAGUCUCUAUCUCACGAAAAUGGCGAGAAUCCAUCGUCGCUCCACUACCUCAUGGAACACACUCACGAAAACUCUUUUCUUGCAUUGUCAGAACCUCCUCUCCCGUGGCACUCUUGACGAUUCCAGAGCUCCCUCCCUCUGCAGGCGAUUCCAGAGCUCCCGCCCGCCUGCAGUGGCGGGAAUUUCAAGGGAGGCAUCCAGGACCUUGGAAAGUUGAGCAUUUUUAUGGAGUGCACCUGGAGUCUGGGCGGACAACAACGUGCUGGCCAUGUCGUGUAGCUCUCUCAAAGAGCGGCCGGACAUCCGAGAGGCCUUCUCGAGUUCGACCUUUCUAGCGUAAGUGGAGCGAUGUUCUCUUUUUCAAUCGUUUCUAGAGUCUGACAGCUCUAGAUUCACUCUCGAAAAUCUUCGAGAGUCUAGAGUAGUGGAGCGAGACCCAUAGUCAUAAAAAAAAAACUGCCCUUCAAAAAAAAAAACUCCCCUCCCCUGUGAUUGGUAGGAAGGGGGAGAAAAGAGGACAACAAAUGAAGUCCUGUGAC